AUGGGGCAGAUGGCUCUUAUGCAGAAUGUUAGACAACCCGGUGCUCUUCCUAGUGUUACUGAGAAGAAUCCAAAGGAGUGCAAGGAAGUCACCUUGAGGAAUGGUAGAGAGCUUGAAGAAGUGCCUCCAAAAAAGAAGAACGUAGCAGAGGAAGAACUUGUCCCUGCUAAGCGAGCUGAACCAAAGCAGAUAGUGGCAGAGCAACAUGUAGAGGAACUUUUGCAAGAAGUUCCAAAAUAUGCUAAGUAUAUCAAAGAUGUGGUAGCGAACAAACGGCGUUGGAAAAAGUUUAAGACUGUUGCACUUACUAAGGAGUGCAGUUCUAGAGUGAGGAGUAAAAUUUCUCCAAAGUGGAAAGAUCUGGGCAGCUUCACAAUUUCGAUUACUAUUGGCAAAAUUGAAGUUGGGCUAACAUUGUGUGAUUUGGGUGCUAGUAUUAAUCUAAUGCCCACCUCUGUGUUCCGAACGUUGGGCUUGGGUGAGCCUAGGCCAACCGCUAUUACAUUGCAGCUGGCUGAUCGAUCUUUUGCGUAUCUUGAUGGUAUUGUUGAGGAUGUUCUUGUGAAGGUAGGCCCAUUUAUUCUGCUGGUUAAUUUUGUGAUACUUGACUAUGAGGCAGAUAAGAGUGUUCCUCUUAUCAUGGAGAGAGGAUUCUUAGCUAAUAUAGAUGCUGUGAUCCGAGUGAAAGAUGGGAAGAUGUCCAUGACAGUUGAUGGACAAGAGGCGACUUUUGAUGUGUUUAAAGCUACCAAACUUCUAGCCCAUUAUGAGGAGUUGAAGAUGAUUUCUGUGGUGGAGCCCGAGCUCACUAAUGCAGAGUUAGAUCACUUUUUAGCUUCGCGAGAUCCUUUGGAGACAGCUUUGGCGUAUGGGGAGGAUUUGAUGAUUGGUGCAGAAGUCGAGGAGUGUCUUAGCAUUCUUGACAAUUCAUGUUGA